AUGGCCUUGUCGCGGGUGGACUUUGGAGAAAAUGCUCCGGCACUUCGCCGGAUGCGCGGACUGAGGACUGACAGGCGGCUGAGGUGUAAGAUAGAGACGGAGGAGCAAAAGCAAGCGAGUUGCGUCAGCUCCAGGAAUAAGCAAGCCUCAUCCCCGAAAAAGAAGUCAAAACCGUCGACGAUGGAAGAAGCCGCCGUGGAAUUCCUGUUGGAGAACUUGAAAAAAAGUCCUCAUGACCAAGGAAGAUUUGAUCAGAAGCGCCAAGAUCCAGGGUUCGUGUGCUCGACGAGGAAGGGAUUGUCGUGCGUCAACCCCACUUACUGGGCCACAGUUGGAGAGGCUGGAUCGUCCAUUCAUCAACUGAUCAUCCUUGACGAGCCCAAACCAGAACAACCCGAGGAAUUGGACAUGGAUGCGGUCGAGCUUGACCUGGCUGCCAUCGAGGGGCUGAAGUUGGAGAUGGAGUGA